AUGUCCGCCUUUGAAGUCAAGGACGACUAUAACAUUCAGGAAGCGUGGGAAAGGGCUUGUGAAGCAUUUGCGCAGACGACCAAAGUCGAUCUCACUACGUCUCCAAAAUUCACCGUCGACGAGGUCCUUGACCAAAUUCGGUUAAAGCAAGAUGAGGACGACGAGAAAAACACAAAAUUCAAGACUGCCAAGAAUAUAAUAGGCAAGACCCUGACAUUGAUCACGGUGCUUGGGGGUAUAGCUGCCCAGGGUGCUAGCAUGGUCUUCGCACCUAGUAGCCUCUGCUUCAAUGCGGUCUCAUAUCUAAUUGCCACCGGAGCUAAAUACAAGCGCAUUUUCAGUAGUCUAGCUGAGCUCUUCCGACGGAUCUCCGAUGUAUUAGAGCGCUGCAGGAUCUAUAUGCGUUUGCCGGCAGACGCCGUUGACAUUUCCCUCCGCAAGAUUAUCAACGAGGAAUUGGUGUGUUUUGUCGAUAUUUGUGCGUUGUCUAUCAAGGUGCUCAAGGGCAACAAGAUUCUCACUGCCCUCAAAGUUUUUGCGUUUGAUAGCGAUGAAGGUGUCAGCGGCCAAUUGGGCCGUCUGGCUUUGCUGGUUGAACGUGAAUCUCAGAUGCGAGCGACUCUGGGAUUCGAGUCACAGAAGACCAGCGAAAUAGUGAUCGUCGAAACACGAGAAGAAACUCAGAAGGUCAAUGCCUCAGUUGACAAGCUGCUUACCUUCGAAAGGAAGAGAGACGCGGACAAUAUGGCGCAGCGAAUCUUAAGCAACAUUGAUGCAAGUCUCGGCACACCCAGCGAGACGUACAAGGCUAUCCAGGCGAUUUACAAACGUCGCUUGAAUGACCAAGUCUCGGGUAGUGGAGGAUGGCUUCAACAUGACCCUUUAUACACGGCAUGGGCAGAUGUCCGACGGUUGCGGUUUUCCAUUUUGGGGUUCGCGGGAGGUGAGGGCUGUGGCAAGUCGUUCCUUUUUGCGGCUAUCGUCAAGCAUUUGCAGGAACUGUACGCUGAGGCUACAGAGAACAUGAACUGCACCUCCAUUUGCUACUAUAUUUUCGAUCAACAAGAGGUGAAAGACUCAUCUCUGAUCAAGGUGCUGGAGGUCCUGGCAUGGCAAAUUGCCAAAGCGGAUGUGGUGUAUCGCAAGGAGUUGGGCUCAGUCAAGACCGCCGGUAUCAACCAAAUUGGGAGCCUUUGCAAGCAGCUCUUUGGCAAAUCCUAUAAGACCGACUCCACAUUCUUUCUCUUGAUAGAUGGGAUCGACCAGAUGGACAAGCAACAUCUGAAGGAGUUUGUGCAGCUUCUACGUGAAUGGCAGAGCACUGCUUCCACAUGGCCUCGGUUCACUCUUCGUAUCCUCCUAAUUGGGCGGACGGAGACGAUGGACAAGAUCCAGACUCAAAUGGAAGGCGAAAUUUCUGUCAUCCAUCUGGCCUGCGCGAAUCGUGGCGAUAUGAUUAACUUCAUCAACGACCGAAUGAACAAGAUGGAGAUUCUCAAUGGACCGUCGGAACAAGUGAUUGCGCUACGCCACGAUAUUUUGGAGACCCUCACGAAUGAGACCAAUGGCGAUUUUGUCAACGUCGGACUCCUCUUGGACGAAAUCAGCCGCAAGAAACGCCCUAGCGAGAUUCGCGACAUUUUGGCCCGGUCGGGAGAAAAUCGAUCGGACACGAUUGCGAGAAAGGUGGAAAUGCUCAACGAGACGCUCAGCGACGAGGAUAUCUCCGAUCUCAAUCAUCUGCUCACGUGGGUCGUGUUUGCAGAAUAUCCACUCACCCUCGAGGAGCUGGAAGCUGCGCUCUUCCUUAAAAGUCGUGAGCCUUCUCUCCGGCCUCUGGCAGAGAAUAUAAGAGACCAGUAUUCUUCAUUGCUUUGCAUUGAAGGCGCACGCGUUCAUCUUGUCUCCGAUUCGAUGAAGGACUUCUUCCGUAAAAAUCCUGCUCCAGAAGGCAUCACAGACGACCAUGAUAUUGAAACCGUCGGCGAUGUCAGUGAGGCCGAAGUAAGGAUUGUGCGACGAUUCCUUGAGUCCGUCUGCGACCCGAAACUGUUCAACAGAUUCGGAUUCGAUGAAUUCUUCAAGCGUAAAAUGAAAGGGAAAACAGUGCAAAUUGCGGUGGACACCGAGACGGCACAUCUGAUGAUCGUGUCAGCAUGUCUGGAAGUUAUCUGUUCAGAACCAUCGCCAAAUCUGAAUCCUUUGCUUCGGUAUGCGGAGAACAAUUUGGGCGAGCAUCUCAAGCAAGCGGACCCUUCAUUAACUCACCCGCAUCAAAAAAUAGCAAUAGGCCCUCAGUUGGUGAAGAUCUUUACCGAUGACGAGGUCAUCAAUCGAUGGUGGAGGGCGAGCAGCUACCGACUCCGGGUCCUAUGGAUCUACAACGAUGACUAUGCAGAAGUCACGUUGAAAUGGCUCCAAGAUUCUGCCGUCACCAAAAAUAUCUCCGAGGAGGAGAAAAAGUGGGUCAAGAGUCUGAGUUCCAAAUCCGAGCUUGAUGCAGAUCUCCUUGAGCAUAUCGGCAGAGUCUGUGCUCGCAAGUGGCUCCAGUACGGUCCAAGGAACCUUGAAUAUGUGUUCAAUGACGUGCGUGGGUACAUCACCAAGAUUGAGAACCGUAAGGAUCCUAAGAUCGAAAGAUUGGUCAACGACCCGGAUACUGAGCAUGUCCACACCUCCCAUAUAUUAGCUGCAGCAAAAUGGGCGCAGGCGCAGAUUGGACUCGAUACUCUAGGCUAUGAGGAGAACCGUAAUUUGGCACGUACUCUGCAAGUCUUUGGCAAGUACGAUGAGGCUAUCGAGCAUUUCAAACUUACAUCUACACUCGCGCAGGAUAACUGGUCCUCACAGUGGGGACUAGCAGACUGUUAUGCUGGCCGGAAGGAGUUUACCACCGCUAUCGAAAUUUUGGAGGUUACAAAAAAAGGCAUUGAGAAUGGCGAAACAGGAAAUGCUGCAGAGCUCAAAGCAGAGCUAGCAGAUAUGAAUCGAGACCUAGCUGAAUGGAACGAGGAGGCUGGUCGAAGUGAAGUAACUCUUGAUAUUUACGAGAAGCUACUACAAGAGUUCCCUGAUGACUAUGAUACGGCUCUUGCACUCAUGACGCUGUUGCAUAAGCAGGGGAACUACCAGCGUUUGCUUGAGUUUCUCCAGUCAAUGAAAGAUUCCAUAGACGAGAUCAGUGGUUUCAAUCGGCAGAUUCAAAAUUUUCAUAGGCAUUUUGAUCGGCCAGAAUACCAUGAAGCUCUCUUUGCAUCAGUUCGCGGCGACCGAGAUUUCAACAUCGUUCUCAAAAGCUACGAGGCAGCCAUUAAUGCUGCCAAAACACGAGUCGCGCAGGGAAGAAAGGCCAACAAGCCCGAAGAGGAAUGGAGGGCACAGAUCUGCCAGAUUGAAUUGAUGUAUCACCUUGCACUUCUGUAUUACGACAAUAGUGCCGGGAACCUCGACCGGGUGGAAUUGGCUAUCAAUCAGUGGCUGGCAAUUCUGCAUAUGAAUGCAAAUGAUGACUUUAUUGUUGCAGAUAGAAAAGCGCGUGCCGGCUCAGAACUUGCUAUCGUCUGCUUUGAGAAAGCUCUACAGUACCCAAACACUGCUGCAAUUUACCUGGAGCAACUAGAGAAUGUCGCAGCGCUCAAACUCGGGGAAGAUACUAUUCAUGGUACACAUCCGGCGCGACUUCUUGCUCGGUACCACGCCCUGCAAGGCGACGAACAGAAGGUCAAAAAUGUCCUACGCGGCUACAUCAAGCAGAACCUUGACCUUCUUUCAGAUGAUGAUCCACUCAAUGACUGGCAAGGAUACAAUGGUUUAGCUAUGCAUUUCAUGUUCGCCGGCCAUGAUGCCGACGCUCUCGCCGCUUGGUCAUUAAUAACGCCCGAUGAUGCCACGGGAAACACUGAAAAUCUCACUAUGUCUGACACAACCGAGCGUAAACUCGAGGGACCCUUGAGAGACAUUUGCGAUGGGGCCUGUGGUAUCUACUGGACGUUCGCAAACAACUUCUACCUUUGCAAGGAGUGUGAUUACAUCAAGUUUGACCAACGGUGCUUGGACAAUCUGCGGAAUGGGACGAUGAAGCUAAAAAUUUGUAAUAAAGAUCACGAGAUGCUCCACAUUCCGGCCUAUGAUCCAGUCGAGCGACGGAGAAUUGGCGACGGCAAUGUGAAGGUUGGCGAAGAGAUCCUGUCAGUCAAGGAGUGGCUGCAGCGAAUCCGCAAGGGGUGGGGGAUACAGUCAGCCGAGGAGUUUAGAAAAAGCUGA